GAUGUCCUGUUUAAACAGCUAAAUUGCAAGCUAAACCAAUGGUGUAGUUUAUAUAGCCUGCACAUUAUUGCUAGGAUAUCACUUAUCAGGGUCAUGCUCAUGCAUGUCAUGGUGCAAAACUAACCGGCCGAAAAACUUGAAGAAAUCGAGAGACAUGGCAGAGUGCAGUUUCAAACACUAGGGAUUAGGAAUCAGAAUACGAGCAAUAAUAAAAGUAGUUCACAGAGUAACGAAAACGCUUACUAUUCAACAACUAGAAAAAUCGUGCAAGUGUAACUACCCCACCAGAAUCCCGGCUGAUCGGACCAUUGCAGCUGAGUCCUCGCAUGAUCCCUGUUCAUGACACAAGCUUGGUGGGAACGAACCAUUGCACGAGCGAAAUGCGUUCUAGAAUCUGCAGCGUAGUCGCCAAUCACUGGAAGUUGGUGCUGACAAUGUUAGCAGCUAGCCAAUGCGAGGGGACACCGAUUAGACUUCUCGGAGUCAGGGGUUGAGCUACCCAGUUUGUCCCUCCAACCACCUGAAAACUAGCAGAAAUAUUUGUGCUAGCUCAGGCGGGAGCAAACCCUCUGCCGGGCACUCAUCGUGCGAGGCCAGACAGAGGCAUCAGUGGCAAAAGGGCUCCUGCGUCCAUGUCGAAGGUGACGGUGAUCAAGGUGGACACCUCCUGCGCCAAAUGCAAGCGCAAGGUCCUUCAGGCCGUCUCCGGCCUCCAAGGUGUUGACAAGAUCGAGGUGGACUCGGAGAAGGGCACGAUGACGGUGACCGGCACGGUGGACCCGGUGGACGUGAUCGUGCAGGCGAGGAAGGCCGGGAGGCGCGCGUCCGUCAUCACCAUCGGCGCGCCGCCGAAGCCGGCCGAGGAGAAGAAGCCCGAGCAGCAGCAGAAGAAGGCCGACGAGAACAAACCGGCGGCGGACGCGGAGAAGAAGCCGUCGGCGGACGCGGAGAAGAAGGCGCCCGAGCAGCCGGCCACGGUGUUCGUCCACCACGUCCCAUCGUGGCCUGCGUGCCCCAGGUACCAGGAGAGAGUAGUCUACGAGCAGGACCCGCCGCCGUGCUCCAUCAUGUAACUAACGCAUCCCAUCCAUCUGAGUAUCUGACCAUCUAUAUACUGUAAAUUUCACAAGAAAAUAAUGGUUCAAUUCACUCUGGUGGCCUCUUCUGAAUUUUUGAUC